CCGGGUUGCUGACUUCCGGUUGCCGCCAUCUUUCUCUGGCGGAAGCCGGCUUCUAGGUGGGAGCUCCGUGGCGAGUGCCGUGGGUAUCGCGGUCGGUCGGUGCCAUGCCGUCAUCUCCGCUGCGGGUGGCGGUGGUGUGCUCGAGUAACCAGAAUCGGAGCAUGGAAGCACACAACAUCCUCAGCAAGCGGGGUUUCAGUGUCCGGUCCUUUGGAACAGGAACUCAUGUGAAACUCCCAGGACCAGCACCUGACAAGCCCAAUGUUUAUGACUUCAAAACCACAUAUGACCAGAUGUACAAUGAUCUCCUCAGGAAAGACAAAGAACUCUAUACGCAGAAUGGAAUUUUACAUAUGUUGGACAGAAAUAAAAGAAUCAAGCCCCGGCCAGAAAGGUUCCAGAACUGCAAGGACCUGUUUGACCUGAUCCUCACUUGUGAAGAAAGAGUCUAUGACCAGGUUGUAGAAGAUCUGAAUUCCAGAGAACAGGAGACCUGCCAGCCAGUGCAUGUUGUCAAUGUGGACAUUCAGGACAACCAUGAAGAGGCCACCCUGGGGGCAUUCCUUAUCUGCGAGCUCUGCCAGUGUAUCCAACACACUGAGGACAUGGAGAAUGAGAUUGAUGAGCUGCUGCAGGAGUUUGAGGAGAAGAGUGGCCGAGCGUUUCUGCACACUGUCUGCUUCUACUGAGCCACCCGUGGUUGGUGAAGGGCCUGCCCUGCACAGCCACCUUUGGAGCCACAUUUUCAAUGUUUUCCCUUCUGAUUUGUUUAUACUGCUAGGUGUACAUCACCAAUGUACUGUACAUAUGGAAUGAGAAGUACACAGAAAUGCCAGGUUGUUGAAUCCAUUGUUUUUAACCAAAAGAAAUAAAGACGGUUUACUGUACAGCCUA